GAUCCGUUGCAAUAGCUUGCGCCAAACACCUUCAAACGAAAAAAAAGCCGAUAAUCCGCGCUCGGAUCCCGUGCAAGCGUGCCGUCUGGAACCCCAAACGGCGGGGUGCAAUCGCCGGCGAGAGCGCUGCAGUGACGAGGAGACUCCAUUUUUUUCAGCUGGCAGCCCGCAAGGCGGCGGAGAGCUAAGCGGCUAUGUGGCUGGGCUAACUUUCCCCUGGAGCUGCGGACAAACACGGCACCUGACGACCCCUCCGCCGACGGCAAAACACUCCCAGCAUGCUGAUGGUGGGAGGCGAUGGACGGGUGCACUAGAAUGAGUGUGAAGGAGCUGUGUGACACCGAUGACCUGGCCACCAGCUUGGUGUUGGACCCCCUUUUGGGCUUCAGCACCCACAAAAUGAACAUCAGCCCCCCACCAGAGAUCCGGCGUUGGGGUAACCUCAAAGAGACCCUGUUGCGGUUUCAGCGUACGCACGACUUCAACGCUACGUUUGAGGCUCUGACGGUGGGAGAGCUGGCCGGGGACUAUUUCAACGCUUUGGGAAGCCAUCGACAGGAGUUGCUGAGACAACAUGUUUAUCGCUACCUCAGUGCCUUCCUGCUGGAUAGCGGUAUCAAGAUCGAGUCCUGUGACCGAUACUCUUCAGAAACCAACGGCGCAAAGAUAACAUCCACGAGGCAUUGGUUCGUUGCAGAACGGGUGGAGGUCUUGCUGGGCUGCAUAGCGGAGCUGAGCCCGGCGGACAGUGCUGUGCUGAGAGCAGGGGUCAAUGACUUCAGCGUGAUGUAUUCAACACGCAAGCGCUGCGCUCAGCUCUGGCUCGGCCCUGCAGCUUUCAUCAACCACGACUGCAAACCAAACUGCAAGUUCGUCCCUGGUGAGAAAAAUAACGCUUGUGUGGAGGUGAUUCGACCCAUAUCACCUGGGGAGGAGAUCACAUGUUACUAUGGUGCCAGCUUUUUUGGGGAAGGCAAUGAAAUGUGUGAAUGCUGCACCUGUGAGAGGAAUGGAGAGGGUCACUUCAAGCACAGAGGGAAACAACCUGAACAGGAGGAAACAAAGGACUCCGUGGGCCAAAAGUACCGUUUGAGAGAGCGGUAUCUUCGUCAUCACAGAGAGAGAGGUCACUUCACUGCGCGGCCAAUAGCAACGGGAAUACACUCCGCUAUCUUUAAAGCCAUCCCCUCCAGGAACUCCUUCACCCAGCAGAUGAGGAGAAAUGCCCUGAAGAACAGAAAAUUGAAUCAGACAAAGAAGUGGAGACGAGAGAAGCAAAGGCGGUCGGGGAAACCCUCGCAGGACUCCCCGACAGCCAAACAGCAGAGGACGGCUCCGUUCGUGUCCGACGUCCCUCUGAAGGACCUCAGAAUCCGAGUACGGCGCCACUCUGUGGACUUUUUACUGAACUGUAAAGAUCCUAAAAGCAAAGCGAGGGCCUUGCUGCAACAACUGGAGGAUAAGAGGCCGCUCAAUUCCAACGCUUUUACUCCCAAUUCCACCAUGUCGGUUCAGAAAAGCAAACCCGCCGUCAGAAGCCCAGCUCUUAAAAUCAGGACCUCUUCGAGGACAAGAAGUGCGGCUCACGCCGCGCACCAGCCGCAGACGGAGUCCAGGGGCACGGACUCGUCCGACACUACAACCGCUUACGGACCCGUCGAGGCUGAGAGAGCCUGUAGUGCAAUAAAAACAGAGAAGAAUGAGAAAGCCAUCCCAGAAAGUCAAAGCAACAACUGCAGCAGUGCCGAGCCCCUCGUCACCGGAGCUGCCGAGCCAACUGAGCGCAAGACUAUCGGAGCGUCUUUACCGUCGGAAGUCACGGACGCAUCGCCCGCGGACAAUCCAGUCGUAUCUAUGAAGCAAUACCUUACAGUCAACUUAGUCCGGUUACCAGGGCAACAAAGUUCAGAGGCUGGAAGAACUCGUCAGGACAAGAAAGGAAGGGCUGCGGUCAAAGAAACGAGCAAACUCUCUCCCACACCAGCGACUCUCACAGAAAAGCGAGUUUCCAGGUCAGACAUCCGGACAGCCGAGGGCAACAGGGGAGUCAGGGAAAUGUUGUUCAAGGCCAAAGAGGAUCUAAAUCUGAGGAAGCAGAACACAGCUGAGAUUGCGGCGGAAAACAAGAGGGUUGACAAGGUUAUCGAAAUACAAACGGUGUCAGAGGAGGAGAAAACGAGCGUAGAGAAGGAGCAGCAGGGAGUCGUGAAGGACAAAAGCAAAGGGCAGAGACAGACACGAAACUCCUCCUUGACCAGUGUAGAAAUCAGAGGUAAGAAACUUGAGGAAGUGAAAGAGACUGAAUGCGACGCAACGUCAUGUGAAGAAAACGCUGGACAGAUGAGCAGCAGUUGUGCUGAAAACACGGUCAAGCAAGGAGAGGUUAAAGCGUCAGGACAAACGCAGAGCAGUUUGAACAAACAGGCAGUGAGUAAACAUGAAGGUGUUGUUGUAAAAAAGGCCACGGUUCUACUCUCUGAUAUUUUGAGAAAAGAUAAAUCUAUAAUAGAUCGGGCAUUGCAGGGAGAGCUGGUAGGAAAAUGUGUUUGUACCACGCUUUCUAAAGUAACGCAGAGCGCUGAGAAGGGAGCAGAGGAGAGCGACAACAACGAGGGCAGGGGCCAUCACUCCAUGCAGAGGAGGUUUCUGAGAGGUCGAACGACAAAACCCAGCGCAGGGAAAACAAAAGCAGACGACAAGCCGAGUACCAGGGGACAAUUAGGCAAAGACGUUCCAGUUUCAGCCAAGACGGAGCCGAGUGAGAAAAGCUCUCAGUGUCAGCCGGCUCAGCUGCAAACCGAGCCGCCGGCCGCCUGCCCCAACCCACUACCUCACAGGUCACUGAUGUCAGCGGGAGCCACGACCACCGCGCACCCGGACACCAACCCACAACCGCACAUACAGUCUAACAUACCUCUGAAAAAACGCACAUUUCGCAGUUCUGUGGAAAUAGAGUCUGGUCAAGCGCCCAAAUCAACACAAGAUGGAACCCCCCCCAAAACCCCCGGUUUAAAUCCGCCCCCGUUGCCGAGGCAAGACCCAACCCCGUCUCCAGAGGAGGGUGUCAAAGUUAAGAGAGAGAGUAAACUCAGAGUCCGAACCGAAGUCCAGAAGGCGGCUCCCAAAAAAAUCACAAAACCAACCUUUAGCCGAAUGCUUCGCUCCCGAGCCGGCGAAACCCAGCGAGGGCAUCUACUGAGGAAAGUUCGAAAGUGUCAAUUAGACAAGAAAGAUGAGAAUCCCAUCGUUAGGACUCGGACACUACGGAGUGACGGGUCUGCAGAGGAGAAACACGCGGAAAAUGCAGUUGAAACCCGGGAAGGGGGCGCUGGAAGUCCGAGCCAGGAUGAAACUCAGGCGAAAGAUCAGGUUCAGACUUUCACCUCCGAUCAAAGCGGCUCGGAAGAGACGAAGCCCACCAUCGACUUUAAGUUCCGUCUCAAGAGGAGGAAGGGGAAAGUGUGGGAGAUGCAAAAUGAAAACCUGGGGCUGAAGAAGGAGGAGGUGGAGGAUUUAGCGACAUGCGAUCCCUUUAAAGCCAUCAUGGACUCCGUAUCGAUUCUAAACAUGGAGAUGGAAGCCGCUCAGGCUCACGUGCACGCCAGCAAGAAGUCGAGGAGCAGGUUGCUUCGCUUGAAGCGAAGGGGCGAGAGGAUAAAUCAAAAGCAAGCCAUACUCCCCCCCUCCGAUGUGAAGUCAGACAAAGCCCUCGAAAAUCCUGAAAACACGAAGGAGGCAGGUGAGCCUGUCAAAAGAAAAGAGGAGGUGAAGGAGAAGCUCGACAAGGACCUCCUGGUCCAGCAGCUGUCGGAGAAGAUGGAGGGUCAGAACGGAGCCUGUGAAGCGUCGGCCGUACGGCGGGAGACGAAAACGGAAGAUCGUUUCCAAAACAACUGCUGCCUGUUUGAAGGUGGAUCGCAACAAAAGCUGGAGGCAGAAUUAAACCGCGACGGCACGUCAUUACCCGUAAUCAAAAUACGGAGAAAGAUGGAGGAUAUAUGGGAGGUGGAGAACAAGGAGGACGUCAAACAGCCCGACUUAAAGACAGAACCCAGUAUUAAGAAAGAGGUGAAAGCUCAGAUUUUAGAGAAACAAAGGAAGGAUUGUAAUGAGUUCAGUGCUCCCAAAGAAGAGCACCCGUCUUCGGAGAAAGUGAGCAACAGCUCGGCCCCUCUCAAAACAGAACCGCCAGCUUUUUCUCUGUCUCUAUCACCGCUGUCGCUGUCCUCACCCCUCAAUGAAAGUAAAACAGAAGUCGUACCCUCGGCCGCGGGGAGGAUCGCCGAGAGGCCGGAGGUGAACAGCGGGGUGAGGAAACAGAGGCACAAGAUGGACCGAACAUGCAAGUACGGGCCGUUGGAGACGCCGACCACAUGCCUGAGUCACACCCUCCAACAGAUCGACAACAGCCUCUCCAGGCUGUCGGAGGGCCUGUGUUCGUCUCAGACGCUGGAGAAGCCCACAGACAGCUCCAACGCUGCCAAUUCUGCCGUCCAGCCGCCAUCCCAGUCCCCCCCGUUCGCCACUGCCGACAACAUGCUCUCGGGGGAGCCCAACUUCACCAACUGCUGCGACGACAUUCUGGACUUCCAGUGCCUCAACUUCGAGGGGUACUACCAGCCGCAGAACAUGCUCCCGUCCUCCCCGUCGGACCUGUGCUCGCUGGACCCCCCCACCGACCCCUUCAGCAGCCCCCUCUCCCACAGCCCGUCUGACACCUGGACCACCGAGACGCCGUACCUCGGCCCCCCCAGUCCGGGGAACAACUUCACCAGUGAGGACUUGCCGUUUUUCCCAGGUCUGAUUUCCUCCAAACACGACCCCGUUCCUCUGGACUGUGACGGUAAGGACGCCCCCAGGGACCGACACCCGCCCAACCCCAACUUCGGUUUCUCGGCUGCGGGUAACCCGGACAUGAUGGUUAAGGACCGAAUCAUAAGCAGAAAUCACGGCAUGAGGAUGUCCAGAGAAGACUUCCGAACUCAGCCCGUCUCUGUCCCCGGCAAGCCUCGCUCGUUUGCUGCAGCUCCAUCGUCUGUUACAUCUCACCACCCUGUUACGUCUCAACACCCUGUUACGUCUCAUAACCCUGUUACGCAAGCCCAACCCUCCACCAAUGUCAAGUCCAGCACCAGCCAGUCCAAAAUCCAGUCCAACUUCCGAACCCAGGGUCCUUUCCAUCGCAUGAGCAUUCCAGGAAAACCGCAGCCGUUCCCGACCAGUCAGCCCAACCCGGCCAGGGCACCGCCAACCCAGAUGUGCAACAGAUUCAUCUCCCCUCAGCUCUUCUCCGCCAAGAACCCCAACCCCCCCGACAGUCCGUUCAACUUUCAGGAGAAGCCGUCUACAGUUAUCCACAGGGUCCUCAAGUUUCAGGGGGGGAACCAGACUCAGAACUUGUAUAGCGCACCGUGUAAAGACACAAUGGCUGCUGGCAGCCCCACACUUUCGUCCAGGACACUCUGUGCAAAAUCAGGAAGCGUUGAGAAGACCCAGCAGGGUCAGACGUGCGGCGUCACCGCGGACGGUAAUCAAAAAGGCAUUAUUAACGUUCACGGGUGUGGAAAGGACAUGGGCCACUUCUGUUCCUCCAAUAACCCCAGCAGGUCCAACAUACAUUUCAACAAGCCCAGUUCCUCCAUUUCACCAUCUUUCAGUAAAAGUAAGAUGAUGCCCGACAAGCAAGACGACGAUGAAACAAACAUGACUUAUAAAAACUUUUCCGCGCUGCCAAGGCCCUUUUUCUUCCCCAGCAAAGGGAUGGACAGCUAUCCGUCGCUACAAGACAAGACUCAGAAACUGGACAAGUCCACCAUGUCGGCCUCUGAAAAACACCAGCCAUGUUACACUCAGCAAGACCCGUACGAUUUCAGCUUCGGGUCCUCCCUCUCAUCCAUGCCUCAGCACAACAGCCCCCAAGUGGUCCAGAGCACACCCCCUGGUACACCAGCAAACAAGAGUCAAUCCUCCGGCUCCUCGGCGUCUUUCCCAUACGGCUAUCAAGGCCCUCCGUACGUGUUGAACUUCAGCGGAGACCAUUCGUUGACCCUGGGUCUCAGGGACGGCGUGGACGGGUAUCCGGGUUUAGGCUCGACAAACUACACCUACCACUGCUUGAUGGAACCUUCAGGCACCCAAGGGCGACUGGUUCUGGAGCCCUGCGGGCCCCAGCUCUCCAACCCGGCUUCUAUGGGUGGAUUUUCAGGUCACAAGGGUCAGGACGAGCACUGCCGGAAGGACAUGCAGCAACAGUGCCAGCCUGGCGACAACCAGGGCACGUCACACUACGGACCCGGUCCAGCGUCACACUCCAUGGGUGCCACCAAACCCAAGAGAGUGAGGUUAGUGGUGACGGACGGUACCGUCGACCUGGAUCUCCAGUAUUCGGACUGAUGCGCAUCAGCAGGAGCGACCGCGUGUUUAUGGGACAUUUGUAUCUUCACGUGUUUAAGGGCGAUUAUAGAGUUAUCUGCCACAAAGAGGUUUUUCUAAGGAUUGCAAUUCAAAGUCUACCAGUGGUACCGCCCGCUGGGUGGCACUUUUCUAAACCGUUAUUUUGACUGACUUUUAAAGUACAAGAAACUUGUACAGGGUUUUAUGUAAAACAGGCUUAUACGAGUGUUUUAAUUACUGUCCUUUUAAGAAAAAUAUCUCACUACAAUUUGCUUAAGGAACCAAAUUUCAAUGGCAUAAAGGUCACAAAGCAUUACACGUUUUCCUGACGGGGAGUUCAAAGCUGUGAGCCCCGUAAACGAUUACAUCCCUCUUAUAUUACUGUAACAUAGAUGUAUAAAUUUUAUUUUGUUUUGUUACCAUUCAUGGUAGUAGAGGCAGAAGUCACCACUGUUGUUUGCUGGUACUUGUUUUGCUGGGGUUCAAAAAGGCAGCUUUUUGCCUCGAAUUUUUGAUAUACGUGUGAUGUUUUUGAAGCACCUGUUGAAAUAACAUCUACCCCCCCCCCUCCCCCUUUUUUUUUUUGUUUCUCUAAAUUCUCACAGUAGGCUUUUUUUUUUCCUCACUUUGUGUGUAACCGUGUGCAAGUGUGUGUGUGUGCAUGCAUUUGGCAGGCGGGUCUCGUGGAUCGGAACAUGGCGGGUCGUCAUGGCUGAUCACGUGACCCUUGCUUUAACAUCAUCACUCACCGGUGCGUAGACGCGGGGGCUCGUGCAUGAACAGUGUACAGUGAAACGAUGAACUGACCAGAAGCGAUGCAUCCUGGGACAUUUUAACCCUGUGAACAUGUUUCAUGAACUGCAGCUUUCCACUGCUGUUCCUCGGGACCAGUAAUGAAAGAAAUAACUCCUCCUUUCUUUCCUUUUUCUUUCUUUCAGGCCAGUUGUGAUUCAUAGUUUGAGGGAUAAUACAAAUAUACAUCUUUUUUAUUAUUUUAUUUUAUUGAAAGUCCUCCCAGCUGGUGGACUAAGGAAACAAAACCCUUUCCAACACGUUGCAUCAAAACAAUGUGACAAUCUCUUCACAAGUCCGAUCAUGUCUCUCCCUCGUUUAUUUAUUCGUUUUCCCUCAGAAAGAACAGAGGAAAGCUUUCUGCAGUAGUUACACUCUUCUUUUUCUUUUAUUACGGUUGUUUCUGAUGGAGUUACACAUUUAAAGGUGUUUAUUUUGUAACCAGAAUUAUUUUCUGUGGAUGGUGGAGGACAUGCGAGCGUCCCGCUCUGGUAAUGGCGUUGAAGCCGUUUGACAUCACGUGACCUCCCAGCCUUACAUUCAUUACUACCAUGAACAUGUACUGUCUUCAUAUGGAAAGGCCAAUUAUUUAUUUAAAUAUCCUCACUCUUGAAAAGGUGCUUUGAUGUAAUUUAUAUUUCACAAUGAUUGUUUCAAAAAUAUUAAAUGUCUUUGUUUUUUUUUAUUAUUAUUUAAUGGGGCAAAAAUAAUAUUUACAUUGAGUAUUUAAUUUCAGAGCUUUUGACAUCUUACAUAGUUUUUCAGCUGAUGCAGAUAAAACUUAGCUUCUUUUCUAAUUGGCUGUUAGUCGUACUGGAAGUCUGCUGUAGAAAUGUACAAAUGUAGCCUAUAUCAUUAAAAACACUUAAUUCCUUUUUCUUUUGUACUUUUCUCUGACUUGUAUGUUUAAAUCCAAGUUUCUUCUAAAUUUUUUAAUUUGUUUUGAUGCAGUUUUACAACAGUAUUUAUAAUGUGUUAUUUCUUUAACAUAUACAGUAUGCUUAUGUACCUAUAUAACGAUUUCUUGUAGAUCGAAACUAAAAUAAGAAAAUGUGUUAAUAUAAAUGAGCUAAGAUGUGAGCAGCAGGUUUGCUGUGAUUGAUCCCCUGCUCUGUCCUGAACAGCGCUGGCGUGGCACGCCUCACAUCUCUGUAAGAUUCAUCCAAUAUUCAUUUAAUACAAUAACCAUAUUACCUCCUUACUGAGCUAAAAGGUUCUGUUCAGUAGCUGUUAAACUAGUUACUUCAUGAUUUGUUCAGUUACAGAGUGGAUGUUGUGAUUUCAUUUGUUCAAAAGUUUGUUUUGUCCAAUCAUUUCAAGUCACAUAAAUUCAAGAGGGAAAAGAAAGGAAUAAGCGUUGAAUCAUCAUUUCAGGAUCCAGAGGUGGAUUACCACGCUGGAGGAAACG